AACAAACCCAUCACACCACCACCACCACCAUGGAGGUCAACAAGGACGAAGCGCUACGCUGCCUCACCAUUGCGCAGCGGCAUCGCGGGUCAUCCAACCUGACGGCCGCGCUCAAGUUUGCGCGCAAGAGCGUGAGCCUGUAUCGCACGCCCGAGGGGGAAGCGAUGGUGGUCGUCAUCGAGCGCGAGAUUGCAGUCGGCGGCGAGGCGUCGUCCACCGGCGCCGCCGGUGCGGGCGGCUCGUCGACCUCACCACCCGCGACGCCGUCCACGCCCAACGGGUCCUCGUCGGCCCGCGCGACCGGCGUAGAGGAGCACGUCACCUCGGCGCACCGGCGACACCCCGAGAAGAAGGACGACGCAAGCUCCAGCAAGGCAGCACCAGCCGCCGACUCCAAGGGCAAGAAGCGCGAGUACACCGUCAAACAACUCGAGGUCGUCACGCGGAUCAAGAAGUGCCGCGAGUACGAGUACUAUGAGAUCCUGGCCGUCGAGAGAACAUGUACCGAGAACGACGUCAAGCGCGCGUACAAGAAGCUCGCGCUCGCACUGCAUCCCGACAAGAACGGCGCUCCAGGAGCCGACGAGGCAUUCAAGAUGGUUUCCAAAGCCUUCCAGAUCCUCUCAGACAGAGACCUACGAGCGUCAUUCGACUCGAACCCCGGCGUCGACCCAACACAGCGCGGCGGCGGCGGCGGAGGCGGCAUGGCACGCGGGUUCGGCGGCGGCGGCAUGCACCCCGGCUUCCAAGGCGGCGGCGGCUUCCACGGCGAGAUGAACCCCGAGGACCUGUUCAACAUGUUUUUCGGCGGCGGCGGCAUGCAGGGGGGCUUUGGCGGCUCGCCGUUUGGCGGAGCACGGGUGUACACGUUUGGCGGAGGCCAGGGGUUCAACAACGCGCGGCGCGCGCGCCAGGCCGCCGGCGGCGGCAUGGAGGAGGGCGCGCAGUCGCCGCUGAUGGCGCUGCUCCCCGUCGCCAUCCUGCUGCUGUUCGUCUUCUUCUCGCUCAUCCCGACGCUCUUCUCGGGCCCGCACGUCCCCGACCCGACGUUCCGCUUCCAGCCGUCCGAGCAGUUCGACAUGCCCCGCAAGACGUGGCAGCACCACAUCCCAUACUAUGUCAACAAGGGCGAGUGGGAGCAGUGGCCCGUGUGGGACGACGUGCCCGAGAAGCGCCGCGACCAGCCAGACGUGUACAAGUACUCUACCAAGAUCCGCUCUUUCGAGCGCGGCGUAGAGCAGGUCCAGAUCCAGUACCUCCAGACCGAGUGCCGCAACUUCGAGGCGACAAAGCAGCGCAAGAUUGCAGAGGAGGCAGGCCUGUUUGGAAUAGGCGCAGACAUGGCCAAGAUUCGCGACCUCCGCGCCCAGACCAACCAGGCAUGCGAGCAGUUGAAACGGUUUGGCGUAUCCAUGCAGCCAUUUUAGUUUGUAGGGCGUGUAGAUUAGGAUGUAUGGUGGCGUCGAG